CUCACCCUCGGACACAGCGGAUCACCGAUCCACGGAAAGAGCCGAAGAUGUCGGCUCAGUCAUGUGAUCAGCUGUGUCCAAUCACAGCUGAUCACUGAUCAUCAGGGCACUGAUGAUCAGUGUGCCCUGAUGAUCAGUGUGGCCCCAGAAGUGCCACCUGUCAGUGUCCAUCAGUGCCAGCUGUCAGUGCUGAAUAGUGCCACCUGCCAGUGCCCAUCAGUGCCACAUCAAUGCCACAUAUCAGUGCCUACCAGUGCACAUCCGUGCCCAUCUGAGCUGCCUUUCAGUGUCACCCAUCAGUGCCAGUCAGUGCCACCUAUCAAUGCCAAUCAGUGCCACCUAUUAGUGCUGCCAAUCAGUGCCACCUAUCAGUGCCAGUCAGUG